AUGGAUUUUGCUGCGCUCAUGGCUAAGGAGAUCUCCAAGGCCAAGGGUAGCGACGCCAAACCAUCCGACAAACAAACCGGCAAAGGCUCCCCUGCAGCGCCAACCAAGAAAUACCUACGGAGAGGCGAGGAGGAAGCCGCGCGUAUCGAAGCCUACAACCAAGAGCAAGAACGGCUAGCCCGUGAACGGGAAGAACGCAUCUCGAACAAGCGCAAGCUAGAGGAGGAGGAAGCCGACCGAAAUCGCGAACGCGAAGAAAAGAAGCGACGACUAGCCGAGGAAUCAAAGGCCAGACGAGAGGAGGAGGAAGCGGCCAAAGAACGUGAGCGGCGGAGGAAGCUUGGUCUGCCGGCAUUGGAGACCACGGCGGCUGAGGGCGACGCCGAGGAGGAUAUUGAGGAGGAGGAACUCUUUAAGAAAUUACAGGAUAUGGAUGCGCCGAUACGGCUGUUUGGAGAGGAUUACCGCGGGCGACUUCGACGAUACCGUCGCCUGGUUCAGCGGGCAGCCGUUCCCAAGAAGAAGGUGACAGACGGGCCUAUUCCCACCACCUUGGAGCCCGUAUCCGGUGGACAGAUGAUCAUCCCGUCCAAAAUCCCGAAAGACCAAGAGGGCCGUUUGUUCCUUUUCCGGCAGCUGGGGUCUUACUUUAAUAUGGUCUUGUCGGAAUGGGAGCUUGCUUUGGCGAAGCGUGAUGUCUCGGUGCGCGAAAGUUUCCAGGGAAAGCAAGCUUUCGGCGCCAUGACCCAGUCGCGCGAGAACAUGAGGCCGUUGUUCCGCCUCUUUGAGAAGGCGGAAUUGGAGGAUGGACUGUUGGAGCCGAUUGUCGAGAUUGUGCACAAGGCGCAGCAGCGGCGAUACGUCGAUGCAAACGAUGCUUACUUACGAGUGAGCAUUGGUAAAGCAGCCUGGCCCAUCGGUGUGACCAUGGUGGGUAUCCACGAGCGAUCUGCGCGAGAGAAGCUGCACCAAAGCGACCAGCAGGCGCAUAUCCUGAGUGACGAGAUUACUCGCAAAUAUCUGCAAAGUAUCAAGCGCUGCCUGAGCUUCGCACAAGUCCGCUGGCCCCCGGAGGAUCAAUUGCAGGUCAUGGGCUAG